UAUUUUAACUUUUAAUGCGGGCUUUGGACGGAACGGAAAAAAGUUGCGACGAAAGAAUCGGGCGAUACUUCGUCCGCCGAUGAGAAAGUUUUGUUGGGCGGGGUUUGUUCGCGCAUGCGCUGUGGCUGCGCCGAAGAAAUGCUGUCCAGACUUCGACGUCGACUGUUGAUGACCCAACACAGCAGUAGUCGCGGUGUCGCCGCGUCAUACGGACGCAUUCGGGAUGCACAAUUGCAUAACUUGCGGCCUAUAGUGAAAGAAAAAAAAAAUCAUAUAAAUACGCGGCCUUCGAUCCCGCCACAAAAACUUCGGACGAAGUUUAACAAACUUUCAAAGUUUGAAAAAGUUUCGAAAACUUUUUUUUUUCGCGCUGAAUGAAAAUUUGUCUCUUUCUCGAAUAGGUAUAUUGAAUAUUUAUUUUUAUUUUAUAUUAUAUGAAUAUAUUAAUAUAAGAAGAUAAGGCCGCCAAAAUGAAUUGCAUCUUUAAAUGACUAAAAUCAUAACAAGAUAGUCAUGCACCGAUACUUUGGGUUCGGUUAAUUAUACCUAUCACGAGGACAUAUCAAAGACUGCCAAAAUGAUGUCCCAACACCUCACUAAUAUGUUUGAACAACUUGGGAACUUCACUAAGAACAACCUCUCGCAUAAUAGUAAGCUGAGAGAGAAAGAGAAGGAGAAUAAAAGUAAUUCGAACCACGUGACCGGGGGUAAUCAGCAGGCGUCCCCUCACAAGCAUGGGCAGCCGCCGCCGCCGCUGAAGAAGCCGUGUAAACUAAGGAACGUCUCGUCGAAGGCGGAAUCGUAUGAUUCUCUCUACGGGAACAGUAUAUUGCCAACAUUAUGCAACGAAAGAGCGUGCCUUGGCAGUUUAAUGGCCAUUCCUGGCCGCGGCGACGUGCCAAGGGAGCCAGAAGAGGUCCUUAAAGAUGCCAAAGACUUUCUUGGACAGUAUUUCGCUUCUAUACGAAGGGCUAACACGCCAGCGCACGAAGCUCGCUGGAAAGCGGUACAGGAAGAAGUAGCAAGAACAGGUACAUAUCAGUUGACAACUACGGAACUAGUGUUCGGCGCGAAACUGGCUUGGAGAAACGCUAGUCGGUGUAUAGGCAGGAUACAAUGGUCUAAACUUCAGGUAUUUGACUGCCGACAAGUAACAACAACCAGUGGAAUGUUCGAAGCACUUUGCAAUCACAUAAAAUACAGUACAAAUAAAGGGAAUAUCAGGUCGGCCAUAACAGUGUUUCCCCAACGCACGGAUGGCCAGCACGAUUACAGAAUAUGGAACAGCCAACUCAUCAGCUACGCGGGAUUCAGGGAGCCCGAUGGCAGUGUGCUAGGAGAUCCCAUGCAUUGUGAGUUUACUGAGCUGUGCUUAAAAUUAGGCUGGAAGCCUCCCCGCACGGCAUGGGACAUUCUGCCUUUAGUACUAUCAGCCAAUGGAAAGGAUCCGGACUAUUUCGAAAUCCCUCGCGAGCUGGUCAUGGAGAUUUACAUGACACACCCCACGUACGAAUGGUUCGAAGAGCUGGAUCUGCGUUGGUAUGCUUUACCAGCAGUGUCCAACAUGCGCUUCGAUUGUGGCGGCAUUGAGUUCACGGCAAAUGCAUUCAACGGUUGGUAUAUGAGCACGGAAAUUGGAUGCCGCAACUUUUGCGACACUAACCGACUGAAUAUGUUGGAGAAAGUUGCUCAAAAGAUGGGUUUGGAUACAAGAACGCCUGUGAACCUGUGGAAGGACAAAGCCCUCGUCGAAGUGAACGUGGCUGUAUUGCAUAGUUUUCAACAACAAAAUGCAACUAUCGUCGACCAUCAUACAGCUUCUGAGAGUUUUAUCAAGCAUUUAGAUAAUGAGAACAGGCUGAGGUCUGGAUGUCCCGCUGAUUGGAUAUGGAUUGUACCACCAAUGUCAUCUUCUAUCACGCCAGUGUUUCACCAGGAAAUGGCAUUAUAUUAUUUAAGACCAGCUUAUGAAUACCAGGAGCCGGCUUGGAAGACUCACCAAUGGCAAAAAUCAAAGCCGAUUACAGGCAAAAGACCCAUAAAUAGAAAGUUCCAUUUCAAGCAAAUAGCGCGGGCAGUGAAGUUUACAUCGAAGCUCUUCGGCCGAGCUCUUUCUAAAAGAAUAAAGGCGACAGUGUUAUACGCUACAGAAACAGGGAAAUCGGAACAGUAUGCUAAGGAGUUAGGAGUCAUUUUCGGACAUGCUUUUAAUGCACAGGUACACUGUAUGGUAGAUUACGACAUAACGUCAAUAGAACACGAAGCAUUAUUGAUGGUUGUAACGUCCACUUUUGGAAACGGUGAUCCGCCAGAAAACGGUGUGGCUUUUGCUGAACAUCUCUGUGAAAUUUUAUAUGCUGAUCAAGUUGGAGACGAUAUGACUGGGAAUGUUCAAACGCUCACUCCAAAAACUUUCAUAAAAGCUAAUAGUCAGAUGGAAUUCCAAAGAUACACAUCUGGUACUUCGAAAAAGUUGAGCCGACUGGAAUCAUUAAAAGGAAGUGUUACAGACGCCACAUCAAUCGACAGUUUUGGUCCACUGAGCAAUGUUCGUUUUGCUGUGUUCGCCUUGGGCUCUAGCGCCUACCCGAAUUUUUGCAACUUUGGCAAAUAUGUCGACAAACUAUUGGGUGAUCUUGGAGGGGAACGAAUCCACGACCUUGCGACCGGCGAUGAGAUGUGUGGUCAAGACCAAGCCUUUAGGAAGUGGGCCUCUAGCGUGUUUAACGUUGCAUGUGAAACAUUCUGUUUAGAUGAUGACGAAACUUUACAAGAAGCUAAGAGAGCUCUAGGAAGUGUUGCUCUUAGUGAAGAAACAGUGAGGUUCACUUUACCGGUUGGCCGUGCACCCACGAUUCCAGCUGCCUUACAGUCUGCAUUGAAUAAAAAAUUCGUGACAUGUAUAGUAAAAGCUAAUAAGGAUUUAGGAGAUGCUUCUGCUGAGAGAUCUACCAUAUUUAUCGACAUGGAACCUAAGGAGGAAAUAAAAUAUGAUCCUGGAGAUCAUGUAGGAAUUGUCGCAUGUAAUCGUAAGGAGUUAGUGGACAGUCUAUUAGGACGACUAAAAGAUGUUAAUGAUUAUGAUGAACCAAUGCAGCUUCAGUUACUAAAAGAAACUCAUACUUCGAGUGGUCCAGUAAAAUCAUGGGAGCCUCACGAAAGACUUCCAAUUGUAAGCGUGCGUGAACUAUUCACAAGGUUUUUAGAUAUUACAACACCGCCUACUACGAUUCUCUUGCAAUAUUUAGCAAAGACUUGUGAAAGCGAAGAAGAAAGGAAACAGCUUAAUCUACUCGCAACGGAUCCUGCGGCGUAUGAAGAUUGGCGUCAUUUCCACUUUCCAACCUUGCCUGAAGUUUUAGAGCAGUUUCCAUCUGCCAGACCUAGUGCAUCACUUAUUGCUGCAUUAUUAUCUCCUCUGCAACCAAGAUUUUACUCAAUUUCGUCAUCACCAAUUGCUCAUCCUAAAAGAUUACAUCUAACUGUCGCUGUGGUAACAUACAAAACUCAAGAUGGCGAGGGUCCAGUACACUAUGGCGUUUGUUCAAAUUAUCUCAUGGAUCGUAAGUCUGGCGAUGAGGUUUACUUAUUUAUACGAAGUGCGCCAAAUUUCCAUCUUCCACAAGACCUAUCCGUGCCACUAAUAUUAAUAGGCCCAGGGACGGGUAUAGCUCCGUUCAGGGGUUUUUGGCACCAUCGAAGGGCUCUUUUAAACUCUCGAUCACGUCAAAAUGCUGGUCCCGUUUGGUUGUUCUUUGGCUGCCGAACAAAAACUAUGGACUUGUAUCGAGAAGAAAAAGAGCAAGCUCUCAAAGAAGGAAUACUGUCGAAAGUAUUCCUUGCUUUGUCUAGGGAGAAACACAUUGCGAAAAUGUACGUCCAAGAAUUGGCUGAGAAAGAAGGAUUUGAAAUUCAUGAUUUACUUAUAAACAAAGGUGCUCAUUUCUAUGUCUGUGGUGAUUGCAAAAUGGCAGAAGAUGUUCAUCAAAAAUUAAAGGGCAUUAUUAAAAAGCAUAGCGGCAUGUCAGAUGACCAAGUGCAGAGUUUUAUGUUUAUGUUAAAGGAGGAGAACCGUUAUCAUGAAGAUAUCUUCGGAAUCACCCUUCGCACAGCGGAAGUCCAUAGCGCGUCCCGAGAGUCAGCUCGUAGAAACCGCGUUGCAUCACAACCAUGACGCCGGUCCUCUCGUUUUCGUCCCAACACCCUUACUUAACCUAUUAAGUAGGAACUUGUAUCAGCUCGACUGUAAGUAAACUUGGCUUAAUCAAUUUUAAACAACGUUUAGAAAUUCACACAACGAUAAUAAUAUUAAAGUGGCUUAAUGUUAUCUGAUUCUUGCAUAAAAAAUAUAUUUCAAAGUUUGAAUAGUUUGGACAAAGAGUAGGACCUUUCGAGAGAUGGUUAGUCAAGUUUAUCAACUACCACUAAACUGUUAUUCAUAUCUUAUAAAUUUACCUGCUUUACGUACAUUUCACUAAAAUACUUUGACCGAACUAUCAGGUAACAUUUUGAAAUUACAGUUUAUAUCUUGACAAUUAAGCUUAAUGUCUGUAAAUUGGGUCUGCUUUUAAUGCUUGGAAGAUUUGUAUGUUAGUAUAUAAUUCAAUUUUAUUUUAAAAUGGUACAUACGUCACAUUUAUUCUACAUUGAGUAGAUAAAGACAUUAUUUAUUUUUAUCUCUAAAACCUGUUCUAUAAAAUUACAUCAUCUUCCACAGAUGUGUGCUCGAUAUUUUGAAGUUACCAUUAUUUAAAUAGGAGUCGUUAAUAUUGAUGAUAAAGAUUUAAUUUCGUGGUUAAUUAGUUCCAAGUCAAUUAAGUCGUCUCCGUUAUCGAAUCGACUUUGGCUGCGGUCAAGUGAAUUUAUUAAGACCAAUGUGGUCAGUACAGAGGUUGUGCAUUAUAAUAUGGGUCCUUCAUUGUAUAUAGUCCCGAAAAUUAUCAACCUCAUAAAUUUUACUAAAAUAAAAAUAUUUAUUUUUCGCGAAGGCAGUUUCUGUAUAACAACAGAGUUCUAAGCAGGGUGACACUAUUAUUAUUAUAUAUUAUAUUAAACAUUGAUAACGCACAAAAUGUAUUUUGUCUCGUGUUAAAUUUUCUCAAUGGCUUCAUUAAAUUCGCGAAAUUGCAUAACAUAAUAUAAGAAUUUAUCAAUAAUAGAUUUAAGAUUUAUUCCAUUCAAUGAAAUAAUUGUGAUUAUAUUAUAAUACAUUUUCAUCGAUGUCAUUCAUAAUAGUAAAUAUUGUCCAUUAAAGUUUAUAUAUAAUAAAAUAAAUAUAAUAUUGUAAUUAUUAUUAAAUUUAGUUCAAUUAUCCAAUUUUAGUUUUAAGCAUUGUUUCCUUUUCUCUACACUUGUUCUAUUGCAUAGUUCUGUUGGCCAAAUUAUGCUAGAAUUAUAAUGCCAGUCAUACUGUUGCCAUAUGAAAUAUUUCAUACUGCACUUAUGUACACUUAAAACGUAAAGAGCACUUUCUCAUUUAAAUAUUAAGUAAUGCCUAUUCUUUAAAAAAUAUGUAGUUAUAUUGUUUACACUUUUCGGCUGUGGCUUGAUUUGUAUAACUGUCCUGUGGUCCCGUUGGUAAACUUGGAAAUUUAUAUACCUAUAUAGUAUAACUUAUAUACUAUAAUAACAAACUUUGUUAUUUAUCUUACAAAUUAUAAAAAAAAAAUGAACAAUAUUUUUGUUUGUAAAUUCGCAAUAAGAUUCUUAUUAAAUUAUUCAAGCAUGAAAUUAUCGAUUUUGAUGGUUGAAGUAUUUGGAAACGCUAUAAGCGAUUUAUUCUAUGAUUAAGGUAUUAGUUUGCUAUCAGAGCAUCUAUUAAAUGAUGGUCUAGUCAAAUUGAUACCGCGACGCAGUGAUAAGCAUUCGGUUUGGGUAAAUAAGGUCCCGGGUUUAGGAAACGAACUUCUCUAAAUAGGCUCGAGUCUCGGUAUCUUGGAUUGUGCCUCCAAGCGUGUCCUCAUACGAGAUUGUGUGGUAUUUACUUGUUAUUAUUUUAUUUAUUGAAAAUUGGUAAAUGACACAGUUGUAUUAUAGAUAGAUUUUUAGAUGAAAAAAACCAGCAAAAAUUGAAGUAGAAAGAGAAAAAAGGAAGAUCUCUAACAUCACCUUUACUAAACGCGUCUUUGGAAUUAAAUUUUAUUUAAUAAUCAACAGAACUAUGUAAUAGAACUACUUGAGACCAAACAUUUUAUUUAAGUUAAUAGUUAAUACAACGAUGAUCUUUUAUGUAAGAAUAAUAAUAAUUUCAUUGCCAAAUCUUGUACAAAGCGUGCUAUUAUAAUUAGGUUAAUUUGUGCUAUUGUAAAUAAAACUUGUCUAAGUUAUAUUGCAUCGAUUAAAAACAAUUUUAUUUUUGUAUUAAUAUCUAUUAUGUCUAUAUUUUAUUUUGCUUUAAUUUUCGUCUUGUUAUAGAAAUAUAUAUGUGGGUUACAUUUGAUAAUUUUUAACUAGUUUCAUGUAAAAUACAGAUAAUUUAUUAUUAAACAGAAAAUUAAAAGAAAAAAUGUAUGUAUACUGUGACUAUGUAAUACCUGAUAUGACUUUCAAAGAAAUUUUUGUGUGGAUGUCAACUUUGUGAUUAUAUAGUUAGUAAUAAGAAAUGUAUUCAUAUUUUCUAUUAUUAUUCAAAUUAAAAUUUAAUAUACAAAGUCUUUUCUGAUAAUAUAAAUAUUAUAUACAUUUAAAUAACUGUCUUUACCGGAUAUUUACAAAUUACGGAUUUCAUAUCUUUUAAAUUUAAUCAAAUGCACAUUUUGAAACUAUAAAAAAAUAAUGUUAUCGAAAUUCAUAUCACAUAAUGAAUUAAUAAUUAAAUACCUACGCACUAUUUCAUCUAUUAGUGAAACUGUUUGCAAGUAUUAAAAAGGCGAAAUGUCAAAUAUAAAACAAAAUUUAUCUGUUAUUGAUCAAAUAAAGUUCCUUCAUAUUCGAAAAAAAUAUUUGUGUUUAAUUACCCUUAUCUUAGAGCAAAAAAGAACUAUUAUAGU